AUGGGAAUUGAACAGUACAAGGACGUUGAAAGUGGAGAAGCAGUCAAUGGGCUUCAGGAUUUGCAACAACCUUUCAUCCAACAAGGACACAAAACAGCAGCUUCAGAAUGUAGAGAUGGUGAAGCUGACAAAAGGGUUGAAAAUGGAUCCAUUGCGAUGGUUUUACUCAGCACCUUUGUGGCUGUUUGUGGUUCCCUCUCUUUUGGAACUUGUGUUGGGUAUUCAGCACCCACUCAAGCGGCUAUCAGAGCAGAUCUUAAACUUUCCCUUGCUGAGUAUUCCAUGUUUGGUUCUUUGGUAACCAUUGGAGCAAUGCUGGGGGCUGUAACUAGUGGCCGGGUUGCAGACUUCAUGGGCAGGAAAGGGGCAAUGAGAAUGUCAUCAGGCUUUUGCAUCACUGGAUGGUUAGCUAUCUUCUUCUCAAAGGUUCCUGUAUAUAUAGCAGAAAUCGCACCCAAAAACCUUCGAGGAGGGCUUGCAACAACAAACCAGCUUAUGAUUGUUAUUGGAUCAUCAAUCUCAUUCUUAAUAGGAAGUAUAGUAACUUGGAGGACACUGGCCCUAUCUGGGCUCAUGCCGCUCAUUUCCUUGUUGAUUGGUCUGUGCUUUAUCCCAGAGUCACCCAGAUGGCUGGCAAAGGUUGGUCGUGAAAAAGACUUUCUAGCAGCUUUAGGCAGACUUCGUGGCAAAGAUACUGACAUCUCUGAGGAAGCUGCUGAAAUUCAGGAUUAUAUUGCAACAUUUGAAAGCCUUCCCAAAGCCCAGUUUCUGGAUUUGUUCCAAGGCAAACAUGUCCGCUCAGUAGUUAUUGGGGUUGGAAUAAUGGUUUGUCAACAAUCUGUGGGAAUCAAUGGUAUAGGAUUCUAUGCAGCUGAGACAUUUGUUGCUGCUGGACUUUCUUCAUCCAACAUUGGUACCAUAGGCUAUGCUUGUAUACAGAUUCCAAUCACUCUAUUGGGAGCCAUUUUGAUGGACAAGUCAGGAAGAAGACCUCUUAUAAUGGUUUCUGCAAGUGGGACAUUCCUAGGAUGCUUUAUCACUGGAAUUGCGUUCCUUCUCAAAGGACAGAGUUUACUGCUUGAGUGGGUACCAAUGUUAGCUGUUGCUGGAGUGCUGAUCUAUAUUGCAGCAUUUUCAAUUGGAAUGGGAUCGGUGCCUUGGGUGAUUAUGUCUGAGAUAUUUCCCAUAAAUGUGAAGGGAAUUGCUGGAAGCUUGGUGGUUUUGGUGACCUGGUUAGGAGCUUGGAUAGUUUCAUACACUUACAACUUUCUCAUGAGUUGGAAUGCUCCUGGUACUUUAUUCUUGUAUGCUGGAUGUUCCCUGGUGACCAUUCUGUUUGUGGCGAAGUUUGUCCCAGAAACAAAAGGGAAAACACUAGAAGAGAUUCAGGCAUCCAUCAAUUCAUAG